AUGGCGAACAAGUCCCCCCCUUCCACCCGCAAGAUCGCGAACGGAAAGUCUAUGCAAAUAUGGCUGGGAUCGCUGAGCAGCAUUCCCGGCCUGAAGUUCGGUGCUGGUCUUGGCGAUGAAGCCUUCUCCGCUGAAGCCAAAACAUCCUUCCUCGAGAUUCUCUGUGCCUGGUGCGGUAAGCACGACGACACAUUGCCAUCCGAGAUGGGUCGCAGGAUCUUCAUUGCUACUCGUGGCACAUCCCUCAUCGCUUUCGCCCUGAUGGUGGCCAACGAGCCGAACUACGUCUUUGGCGGUAAUCUCUGGGAUCAUGCUAUGGAGAAGCUCAUCGGCAUUAGGGGCAAGGCAUUCUGUAACGUUCCCUUCUAUGGCAGAGAGAUUGCUCAGUUCAUGAGUUUUCUUUGCGGCGCUCGUUCGACCUAUCUGAAAGGUCCUUCCUCUGGCAAUCCGACCGAUGUCAAGGAGCUCAAGCACUUUCUACGCGCUCUCGACAGUUUGAGAGAGUUUGUUCGAAAGUACAACCUUUCCGCAGACUUCAAGGCCAAGGGUCUCACUUCUUACAAUCAGCAGACUCCAGUUGCUGGAGCCUCACGAGGCACCACUGCUUCUAAGAAUAACAACACCAACACGGGCUCCGUCCCCAAGAACAACAACACGGGCUCCGCCCCCAAGAACCAGCAGGCCGACGAGAAUCAUCUAUGUCGUGAGGUCAAUAGACUGCGCGCCGAGAACGAGACUUUGCGAUCCAUGCUAGUUAAAUCUAAUGGCGAGAAUGUGUCGCUGCAGUUGGAUCUGGUCAAAUCUAGAUCUCAUGAAGCGGAGCUCAUGAUAGAGCUACAACACAAGUGA